CGAUUGGAAACAGGGAAACAAAGUGUAUUUGUCACCAGAACGGUUUAGAGCAUAGUACUAUUUACCUGUGAAUACAUUCAUGAAAUGGAGAAUGGAUUAAACUAUUUACCCAUUUAAUAACCAGACCUUCAGCCAAACAUGCUAUGCUGAAUUCUUGACGCACAACCACCUGCGAGCCACUCUGGGCGGUCGGAGCGGCACGCAGCUAUUCGCCUUUAGCGGCAGGACGGACGAGCAAUCUCCACCGUCGUAGUACGGAUGAUGCCUGAGCUGGAAUGUGAAGCUAACUAGCUUGAGAAAACCCUGAGUAGUUCUAGCAAGCUUCCUUCGUAGUAUACACAUCUGGACUCGAAUAACAGAAGGCGGUGAGCCAACUAGCAUAAGCAGCCAGCCAGCCCCGUCUGUCACUUUUCUUUCAUGCGUUGAGGCCAGCUAGCCAUGGAGACAACAAUAACGGGAAAGAGUUUUCGCGUGAGCGACGGAGACUGGAUUUGCCCUGAUAAGAAAUGUGGAAAUGUGAACUUUGCCAGAAGAACAAGCUGUAAUAGAUGUGGCAGGGAAAAGACAACAGAGGCAAAGAUGAUGAAAGCAGGAGGAACAGAGAUUGGCAAGACCCUGGCUGAGAAGAGUCGGGGCCUCUUUAGUGCAAACGAUUGGCAGUGUAAAACCUGUGGCAAUGUGAACUGGGCCAGGAGGUCUGAGUGCAACAUGUGCAACACUCCUAAAUAUGCCAAGCUCGAGGAGAGAACAGGAUAUGGUGGAGGGUUCAAUGAGCGGGAGAAUGUGGAGUACAUCGACCGAGAUGAAUCUGAUGGAGAAUACGACGAGUUUGGGAGAAAAAAGAAAAAGUACCGCGGGAAACCUGGGAGCAAGUCUUCCUCGAAAGAGAGUGACAAAAAGGCAGAUCCAGUGAAAGCAGAAGAUGAGGAGGAUGAUGAUGACGAAGAGGAAGGAGACCUUUCAAAAUACAAACUAGAUGAUGAUGACGAGGAUGAUGCUGACUUGUCGAAGUACGAUCUGGAUGCCAGUGGUGAUGAGGGGGAGAAGGACAAGCCAGUCGCAGUGAAGAAGGAUAGCCCCCCGGGGUCUUCCCAAUCUUCCUCUGGCUCCUCCAGCUCUCGGUCCAGGUCCAGAUCCCAAUCUAGAAGCUCAUCCAGUUCCAGAUCUAGAUCUCGCUCCAGUUCCCAUGAGCGAGACCAGUCUUGCAGGUCCAACUCCAGAUCCAGCUCCAGGUCUGGAGAGGGCUCUUCUCCCAGGAAGAGGUCUUGCUCGCCCUCCUCGCCAGAGAGAGGAAAGAAGCGCAGUCGCUCCAGGUCCUCACCUGGAGAGAGGAAAAAAAGGCGCUCUAGAUCACGAUCGUCCGAAAGGUGCCGUGGCCAGUCCUCUGGAUCUUACCAUUCUGGCUCAAGUUCAAAAAAGAAAUAAGUUUAAAGCAGCCCGUAAAACAGAAAAAAUUAAUCUUAAUGGAUGUGUUAACAAACAAAAAACAAGACAGAUCUGUUCAUUAUGCUGUUCAUUUUACCAGAGCGUUGCAGUACACAACAGAUAUUUUCCUCAAAAGAAGAAAAUGGUGACAUGUCUGUUCUCUCUUUACAAUUCAUUUCAUGCUGCCUUUUUUUUAAAGCUUACCAAGAUCUCCGUCUGUAACUAAGUGUGUAACUAGGUGUUCAAUAGGCUUAUGGUGUCUGGUUCUUUUUAGAGAAACAGAAUAAUAUUGUGAAGAGGCUACAUCAAUUUUUUUAUCCAAACUGCACAAUGUCAUGGCAGGCUACAUUUUAAAUCCACUCAUUAGGCUUUGAGAAAUGAGAAUAUCAUAGAAUGAACUUCCAUUUUACCAAGGAUCUUUUACAGAUGUUGGUCUUAUAAACCCAGAUUUUCAGUGAUUUAGGAACAUUCUUGUGUGUGAAAUUGUUUAAGUGAGGGAAAAAUUAUUACUAACUCAGGUCUGUAAAACCA